CUGCCAAGCGAAAAUAACGGGGCGGGGCGGACUACAGUGAAACUGGGCUCUUGUUCGAGGAUAUAUCUACUUAAAUGAUCAUAGGGACAAUACUAGGUUGAAAUUUAUUUACGCAAAUGCAAUAACUGAGUGCUGCUUUUCUUCAAACGUCAUACUAAAGUGGUAUUUUUGUUACGCUUACGCUAAGUGGGGUUUUUGUAACAGGCUAACCUAGAACACCUCUUCCGUGUUGUUCGAAACCCUUCCGCCUUCGUCAAAUCCAGCUCACGCAAGUAAACAUUAGCCUUGUUAGCUAACCGUGAACGUAAAUUUAACAACAACUUACACGUUUCUAAAGGUCUCCCGUCUCCAAAAAUGAAGUUUGUCUACAAGGAAGAACACUCUUUUGAGAAGAGACGAUCAGAGGGUGAAAAGAUUAGGAAGAAGUAUCCAGACAGAGUGCCAGUGAUUGUGGAAAAAGCUCCUAAGGCCAGGAUCGGGGACCUUGACAAAAAGAAGUAUCUUGUACCAUCAGACUUAACAGUGGGACAGUUCUACUUCCUGAUCAGAAAAAGAAUUCACCUUAGGGCUGAGGAUGCCCUUUUCUUCUUUGUCAACAAUGUCAUUCCCCCAACAUCAGCAACCAUGGGGUUGCUGUAUCAGGAGCAUCAUGAAGAGGACUUUUUUCUCUAUUUUGCAUACAGUGAUGAAAGUGUCUAUGGACGAGACCAGACAAGAAGCAUGUAACGCAGCCCAUGUUGUCAACUGCCAUACCAAUAAAAACGAGAACAUCAAAGACUUACAAUGAAUAUUUAAAUUAGAAGGAAUUAUUUUAAAACAUAUUAUGCCAGUGCCUCUUAUCCAUGUUUAUACCAUAAGAAGGCUAUUUCAAUGUUUGUUCUUCAGAUGGAUAUUUUUAAUUUCAUACAGCAUUAAUCACCUGCACAUUGUUGUCUGUCACCCUGUCUGUUAGCUUCUGAUACACUACAUUAAUCAUUUGAUAUGCAUACAUUAAUCAGGAUACUAGAAACAGGUAGCACAGCAACCUAAAUAGAAAUGUAAUAUUAAAGGGGAAUGUUCAUGAGACUUCUCAUGAUGAGAUUACUCUUUUUUGCCUUUUUUUUUGUUCAUUUCUUUGCACCCACAAUAUUUGUUGCCUAUUUUAAUUCUGUUGGGUGUUUUUAACAUAGUGGUUUUAUGUUACAAGCAAAUGUGAAACAUAGAUGUUAUUUUUUGCCCAAUACAAACUUGACCAACAAA